AUGAACAAGAAAGCCAACCUCGUCUUCAUCCCUACACCAGGCGUCGGCCACCUCGGCUCCACCGUGGAGCUGGCAAAGCUCCUCGUCCACCGCCACCAAUGCAUCUCCAUCACGACGAAGUCAGCCUCUGGUGACUCACCUCGACUCGCCGGGUUCGUUCUCGAUAUGUUCUGUGCGGACAUGAUUGAAGUUGAGAAUGAUUUUGGAGUUGCUAGCUACAUUUUCUACACCUCCAGUGCAGCUUUUCUUAGUAUGCAGUUACACUUGCAAGUUCUUUGUGAUGAGCCCAUCACUGAGUUGAAAGACUCGGUCACUGAGUUGAUUGUCCUGAGUCUCAUUAAGCUGUUUCCUGUUAGGAAUUUGCCUAUUGUGUUCACAGAGAAAGAGUGGACUACUGUUAUGUUUCAACAAGCAAGCGGGUUCAGAGAAGCAAAGGGCAUCAUUGUAAAUACAUUCAAGGAGUUGGAAUCCUAUGCGGUCGAGUCUUCCUCUGAUGCUAAGUUGAACAACACCCCACCUGUGUAUACACCGGGACCCAUUUUGAAUUUAGAGGGUGAUGAGAUUGAUCGAGACAAGACCCACUUCCUGAACACACACAAGAACAGCAUCCGUGCAGUUGUCGGGAAUGCCGCGGCCGGCGCUGAGGCUGAACUGAUAGAAGCUUUGCCAAAGCUUGAGAUCGCGGUAAGUUUCAGCGUGGGGCUUGACAAAGUUGACUUGGGGAAGUGUAAAGAGAAGGGAAUAAGAGUCACAAACACUCCUGAUGUGUUGACUGAUGACGUGGCGGAUUUGGCAAUUGGGUUGACUUUGGNUGGAAAAAAAACAAUGGAGUUGGCAGGGGAGUCAACGCCAUCUACCGCCUUCUGCAAGGUAUGCGGCAAACAGGUAGAAAGCUUGGAUCUUGAUUCAUCUUCCAUUUUAUCUGUCCGACUCAAUAUACCGAACUUUUCAGACAAGACCCAGUUCCUGAACACGCACAAGAACAGCAUCCGUGCAGUUGUCGGGAAAGCCGCGGCCGGCGCUGAGGCUGAACUGAUAGAAGCUUUGCUAAAGCUUGAGAUCGCGGCGAGUUUCAGCGUGGGGCUUGACAAAGACGUAGUGGCCUUGGUGGGUCCCUUAAUAGGUCGGGCUUUGAAACAGGGGUUGGAAUUAGCGGUUGAGGUUAAAAUGGAUUAUAAGAAGGAUAUUUCAAGCGAGAGUGUAACAGUUGUGAUUGCAAAAGAUAUAGAGAAAGGAAUCAAGAAAUUAAUGGAAGAUGAUAGUGAGAUAAGGAAACAGAUGGGGGAGAUGAGUGAAAAGAGCAGAAAGGCAGUGAUGGAGGGUGGAUCUUCCUUCUCUUCGUUGGGUAGCUUCAUUGAUGAUGCGAUGGACAACAUUGGAAUAUUUAUUUCACUUUAA